AUGGAAAUAUCUAUUCUCUCCUACGACAUCUCCGACCUCUGUCUCGGUAAACCUCCUCUCCGCUGUCUCUCCGCCGCUUCCUCUUCCGUAUCCGACGCCAUCACUGCCCUCAAAUCCUCUGAAGAUCCUUUCCUCUCCGUCUGGAACUGCAAUCAUGACCAUGACGAUGUCGCAGAGUGCGAGUGUUUGGGAAAGAUAUCAAUGGCUGACGUUAUCUGCCACUUGUCAAAAGAUGAAGACCACACACUUUCUUCCUUAAACGCACCUGUCUCUGUUCUUCUUCCCAAAACUCGUUCCCGUGUCCUCCAUGUUCAACCCUCCUGCAGCUUAGUUGAAGCCAUUGAUUUGAUCAUCGAAGGAGCACAGAACUUGAUCGUCCCGAUUCAGACAAAGUCUUUUACUAAGCGAAAGCAGCAAAACGACAACGUUUCAGUCACCACCACCCACCACUCGAACGGACAAAGAUUCUGCUGGAUCACACAAGAAGACAUCAUACAGUUUCUCCUCGGAACCAUCGCCGUAUUCUCCCCUUUUCCGGCGAUGACAAUCUCCGAUCUCGGUAUCAUCAACAGCACACACGCAAUCCUCGCCGUCCAUUACAACUCCCCCGCCUCCACCGUCGUCUCCGCCAUCUCCCGGGCUCUCGCAGAUCAAACUUCCGUCGCGGUAGUCGACUACGAAGGAGAUGAAUCUUUGAUGUGCCUAAUAGGAGAGAUCUCUCCGAUGAUACUAACUUGCUGCGACGAAACAGCUGCAGCGGCGGUGGCGACGCUCUCCGCGGGAUACCUGAUGGAGUAUUUAGACGGUGGAAAUCCGCCGGAGAGUCUCGUCCAGGAAGUAAGGAACCGUCUUGAGGAGAAAGGACUGAUGGGUUUGCUCUCGCUUUUCGAUUCUCUCUCACCCUCGUCGCCGUGUUCGGGUUAUUCGUCGGAGGAAGAAUCUCCAGCGAGGACGACGACCUCCUUUGGGAGGUCGAUGAGCAUCUCGGCAAGAAUGUCGAGGAAGGCGGAAGCGGUCGUGUGUAAUCCGAAGAGCUCGCUAAUGGCGGUGAUGAUCCAAGCGAUAGCUCAUCGAGCGAAUUACACGUGGGUGAUUGACAAAGAUGGCUAUUUUGUUGGCAUGGUUACUUUUGUUGAUAUCUUAAAAGACGGCUGCAAAGUAAGGAGAAUACAGAUCGUUUCUGUAAGUUUUAAGAAGGGUUCAAAGAAAGUGAAGAUUUUAUCUCCCAUGGAAGGAGGGAACUUCUUCAGGUCUGAUGCUCAACAGGCACAUGACGAUGGCUUCUUAGUCAAACAAAAACCUAAUCUCAUCGCAGGUCCAACGGGAGGCCAAGCUAAUGAAAGUGGCUGUUUUGAUUGCAACAUCUGUCUAGACACAGCACAUGAUCCGGUCGUCACUCUCUGCGGACACCUUUUCUGCUGGCCUUGCAUUUACAAGUGGUUACAUGUUCAGUUAUCUUCCGUCUCCAUGUAUCAGCACCACCAGAGCAACUGCCCUGUCUGCAAAUCCAACGUUACCAUCACCUCAUUGGUUCCUCUCUAUGGAAGAGGCAUGUCUUCUCCUUCUUCCACGUUUGGCUCCAAGAAAGCAGUGAUACCACGCAGACCCGCUCCAUCAACCUUAUACAAUCAAAUCGCUUCAGAACCGUCGCUUAACCCAAGCUUUCAACAUCAAACAAUGUCUCCGACGUUUCAUAACCACCAAUAUUCGCCUCGUGGCUUCACCGCAACGGAAUCAACCGACCCUGCGAAUGCAGUAAUGAUGAGUGUUCUCUACCCGGUGAUCGGAAUGUUUGGGGACAUGGUCUACACCAGGAUAUUUGGAACCUUCACAAACACAAUAGCUCAGCCUUACCAAAGCCAGAGGAUGAUGCAUUGGGACAAGUCUCUUAAUCGGGUAUCCAUAUUCUUCCUUUGUUGCAUCCUCCUUUGCCUACUUCUCUUUUAGUCCCUCUCGUUUUUUUGUACAGUUUGUGAAUGUAAAUAGACUGUAAAAGUCGAAUCCAUGUGGUGUAUAACAACUACAGACACAAUUGUUCCGAGUUAGGUUUCAAUUUGCAGGCCUUGCUCGCUGUGUAUUCAUAUAUGUACUUGUACCUAAUCGUCAUGAACCAUAUAUAUAUAUAUAAAAGCAUAUGAACACUUCAUCAUCCA